AGUGUAGGCGUCCACAAAUCGAGUUGGUGCACGGUUCUGCCUGCCGAGGAUCCCCACACCGAUCCGCCCCACCCUCCUCCCCACCGCUCUCAUCUGCUCCGCCAUCAACGCCCUCAUCUGCUCCGCCAUCAACGCCCGUCUCCAAUAGUGGAAGGUGGCCGAGGAUCCGUGCCAUCAACGCCCGCCAUCGGACCUGUACGCGAUACCAGCAACGCCGUCAUGGAAGGUUGUCGAGGCCGCCAUCAAAGCCAUCCUCCCCACGCCAUUGAUGGCGCACGCGGCAAAACCGCACACCUCCUCCCCACGCCGAAUCUCCUACCGUUUCAACUGAAGCAGCACCGACGCCUGGUAGCAGUGUGGUUGCUGGUGAAAGCACCAGCUGACAAGGGGAAAAUGGAGCACACAACUGCUGCUGUGAGUAGUGUGAGGUGGGUUUGUAGGAGCAGAUGCAAAGCUACUGCCCGUAGCUCAUGGGAAGCCAUGGUGACAGCUAACUUUGGUCUUUGGCUGGCAAAUACUUGCUGCAGAGCUCCUGAUUAUGGUUCACAAGGUGAAGUGAUGCUUACUUUUGCGGAAAAUGGAUCCUCAAAAGUUGGAGUCAGAUUUGAUAAACAGAUCCCUGGGGCCAUUGAUCUUGGAGGCAGUUGUGAGCUUGAUCAUGGCCUAUUAUGUUCAGUUGAUUCUCUAUGCCUCGAUGGUCCAGGAUGGGAAGAUAGAGCCAAACAUUCAUUUGAUGUUGUGUUUGAGUUUGCCUCUGAAGAAAGUCAACAGGUGCCUGUAAUCCUGUUUGUGAAGGAUGUUGAGAAAAUAUGUGGAAAUAAUUACACCUACCAUGGUCUAAAGAAUAAGCUUGAAAGUUUCCCAGCUGGAGUUUUAUUGUUGGGUCCCAGAUUCAGACAGAUGCUCGGAAAGAUAAGUCAAACAAUGGGUCUCCUUGGCUCAAGUUCUCAUACAGCCAAGCAGCAAUACUUGACCUUGCAUUUCAGGAGCUUUCUGAGGCCACGGGAACCAGAAGACCAUAUCGUCCAAGUUAAUAUUGCUGCCAGCAAUUUAUGAAGCGCAUCCGAGGGACUUGUAUUUAUUUUAUGUAAAGUUUAAUGGAAUACUUGUUCCUCUAUUUAUUUUGUGUACUUAGUACACUGGCAUGCCCGUAUUUUUUUUCUCCCACGUGAAAAAGAUGUUUGUAAUUUUCUCUCGAAACACUGGCCUACUGAAGUUCCUUGACAAGUUUUACAACAAGGCUGACCUACCUUGGGUUCAUUUAACCUAGAAAUGUCUUUACAAGACUAGCAAGCCUCCUCAUGCUAAUGCUAGGAGUCAAGUGGGAUCCUUCUGGUGGAGAGAGAUAUCAUGAAUCUCUCUGAGAAAUACUUCAUGCGCUUGCAACAUGUAAUGUUCAUAAGGGGGGCACUGCAGUUCUUUUCUGGCAAGACUUAUGAACUUGGGUGUUCUGCAGUGCAUGGACUCAUCCUCGCUUUUCUCCUUUGCAAGAAACCAAACCCUGCCAGUCAAGGCUUUCCUGGCAAAUACACAAAAUAGGAAAUUCAUUUUUCCUCUUUCAGUGACUGCAGCUGAACAACUCUUACAACUGUAGUAGGAACUUAAUCACUUGGAUCUCAAUGCACAAAAUGAAUGAUCAGUGGACUUAUAUUUGGGGAUCUGCAAUUUUCUCUUUAAAAAAGGCAUACACUCA